AUGGCGAGUGACUUCUACAAAAAAUGGAAUUUCCCCAACUGCAUCGGUUGCAUAGAUGGGAAACAUAUUCGCGUGAAAUGCCCUAAACAAACAGGAUCGAUGUAUUACAGCUAUAAGGGCUAUUAUUCUGUCGUAUUGCAAGGAAUAUCUGAUGCAAAUUACAAAUUCAUUGCUAUUGAAUUCGGGGCUUACGGUAAACAGAGUAAUGCGGGAACAUUUUCAGAUUCAAAUGUUUAUCAACGGCUUGAAGCAAACACUUUAAACAUACCAGAGAAUGAAAAUAUUCCAUUAACUGACAUUUCAGCACCUUUUGUUUUGUUGGGUGAUGAUGCCUAUCCUUUAAAAUCAAAUUUGUUGAAACCAUAUUCAAGAAAAAGACUCACUAUUGAAGAACGUAUUUUCAAUUAUAGGUUAUCGAGAGCUAGGCGAUGCGUAGAAUGUGCCUUCGGUAUACUAGUAGCCAAGUGGAGAUGUUUAAAAACUGAGUUACAAAUCGAUCCUGAUAAAGUAGACAUUGUAGUUAAAUGUGUUUGUCUUUUGCAUAAUAUAAUCAUUGAUAAGGAAGGUCUUACAUCCUUUGAUUUUCCUGAGGUGAGAUUUGAGCCCCAACAUAAUGUGCCAAUUUCACGGAGAUAUAAUCACUACGGAAGAAUUGCGAAUGAAACUAGAGAAACUUUGAAAAAUUAUUCUAUUAGUCCAGCAGGUGAAAUCCCGUUUCAAUACAAUCUACUGUUGUAA